GCAGCGGGGGAGUCCAAUGGAAGCCUUCGUCGCAACCCGGAGGAAACAAUCGAGUGCGAUUUAGCUUAAAAAUAAUAGCAGAUAUCAGAAUAUAGUGUUAUAAAUUAUAUAUUUCCCAAUCAGUCAGGUUGUGCCGUUCUCGCCGUUGUGUUUGAAACUCGCUGAUUCGCCGUCAACGACGUGAGUUCGGCCUUGUUUAUACUGUGCAGGGCAGCUUGAAUCAGGGGAGCAGGCCCGGUCCUGUGCGAGUUCAACGGCCGCUUCGGGUCUGGAGAGUGUUUUGUGCGGAUCGGCCCUUUAGCUCACCAAAGAAUAUGACCCAGAUGCAACAAUGACAUCCAGAUUUGGUAAAACCUACAGCCGCAAGGGAGGAGAAGGCACGUCCAAGUUCGACGAGGUUCUGUCCACCAAGAGAGGCACCCUUAGUACCAAAUGGGGUGACACCAAAUACAAAGCCAAGGUAGGCUCCAAGCGUGCCGGCGCACCCAAGAAUGAUUCUGUCCUGGAGGUGUACAAGAGACCCCGUCCAUGUGGAGAUGGCUUGGAGGAUCCGUUUGGAUUUGACAGCGAUGAGGAAUCCAAGCCGGUGACGUCUCGCAGUGGCAGCAAGUCAUCACCCGCCAAGCCGACCUAUGCGGAGCCUCCACAGGCGCAAAGGCCUGGCGUUUCUCUGGACACGGGGAGCAGGUCCAGCCUACAGGGGGCAUCUCACACUUUGACGUCCUCACGAGGGGCGUCGUGGCUGCCUAAUGACAGGAGCCAGCCCAGGUUGGUGGAGGACACAGCUCGGUUCUUCAACAGCAGCAGUGCUAUCACAGGGAAUUCCCAGCAGAGCUCUGCGUUGUCAGAGAACCAGCACAGCUAUUCGUGGUACCAAAACGCUUCUGAGAGUGAUAAGAAGCCCCUGGCGCAGACCACCGCCCUGAAGACAGGGUCCAAGGCAGAGUCCACCUACGAUUCCUGGGAUGCCAUCAUGGGUCUCCGUCCGCCCUCACCCGACCAGGAACCUCGCAACCCUGCCCCCACGCUCUCUUGGGCUUCAGCUGGCAGCACCGUGGGCAGCUCUGAACUAGGGCAGAUCCGGCACGAGAAGCCCCCCUCUCCCCCACGGCUCCAGAGCCCCAGCGAGAGCGAGGACCUGGGAGGUGACACGGACUUCCUUGUGGAGACGUUGGACUACUCUCAGACCUCCUCCUCCUCCUCCUCCUCCUCGUCACUUGUAAGAAACUGUCGGACAUACAGGAGGCCUAACAAACAGGGCUCCGGCAAAGCCUCGGACUCAAGCGGCUUUGCCAGCGCUGUUUCUGCCACAGACCUUCCCAAAUCCACCUCUGACGGCAGUAAUAAGAUGACAGGUGGAGGAGGGGGGCGGGGGCGGGGCAGGACAAGGGACUUCACGGUGCUGCAUCCCUCUUCAGUGUCGAUGUGUAACGUCACCAUCCAGGACCGAGGUGUGGAGGAGUUUAGUUCUGAUGCAGCACCCUCUAGUGGCAGCAGUAGUGCAGGUUCUGGCAGCACCACAGAGCUGGGAGAGGCGGGGUGGCAACGGAAGAAGACAGAACAACAAAACACGAGGUUCAAACAAACCCAGACAAAGUCAAAGAAGGACAGCAAACUGGACCUGUUUGGUUUCGAUGACGCAGAGGCCCAUCAGGAGAACAGCGCAGACAACGCAGACGGACGAUCCAGUUAUAAAAUCCAGUACUUUGGCUUUGACGACAUGAGCGACAGCGAUGGCGCAGACGACGAUGACGACGACGGCGCUAAAGAGAGGAGGAGGGCCAAGAAGGCUGCAGCCGCCAAGAGAACCCCAGUGGUUACUGUGGAAGAUACACCGACCGCUGAGCCGCCGGAUCCCUUUGAGAGGCUGGAGAGGCUGGAGAGGCCGAUGGUUAAGGAGAACAAGAAGAACUCUGAGAGGCCGGAAAGCAGGAUACGAGCAGACCUCCUGGACUUCUCAGAGGAUGGCCUCAGAGUGUUGGCCGGAGUUACCAGGAGGCAGCCUCCGGGAAAACCAGCCGAGAAGAACCCAGACACCUUCAGGAGGAUCUUCAGUGCACACAAGAAGUCUCCCACCAAAGCUGUGUACAACGCCAGACAUUGGACGUUGGAGAGUGAAGAGGAGCCCCCUCCAUCUUUCUUCUCACGAUCACAGGCAGCUGCUGUAAGUUCUCAGAACUUGGUGUCACAGAUGACUUUGGCGCCGGUCUCAGCAGGAGGAUCCAGUAAGGAGUCCCCUGACGCUCAGAAAGACGACAGCGUUUUCAAAGCUCCUCCCCCUCCCCCCAAGGUCACCAAGUGUGUCACCCUGCCCACAGAUCUCUACCAGGAUGCCGUCACUGCACUCAAAUGCCGCAAAGAGCACAAGGAGCUGUAUACAGUCGUCCAGCAUGUGAAGCACUUCAAUGACGUGGUGGAGUUUGGAGAGAACCAGGAGUUCACUGAUGACUUUGAGUAUCUGGCUACUGGUCUGAAGAGUGGACAACCUCUCAACACACGCUGCCUCAGUGUGAUCAGCCUGGCUACACGCUGUGCCAUGCCCGGCUUCAGGAUGCACCUCAGGGCCAGAGGGAAGGUGGCUCAGGUCUUUAAAACGCUCAACGACGCCCCACAGCACCCGAAUCUGGCUCUGUGUACGGCAUCACUGAUGUACAUCCUCAGUAGAGACCGGCUGAACAUGGAUCUGGACCGAUCGUGUCUGGACCUGAUGAUCCGGCUGCUGGAGCUGGACCAGGACCAGGGGGGCGGGGCCGGGACGGGGACAGACCCCACGGCUCAGUUCAGUGCCCGAGAAAUCGCCAAGAUGAAGGAGAAGAUCAGGAAGCUCUGCGACACCGUGCACAACAAGCACCUGGACCUGCAGAACAUAACGACGGGUCAUCUAGCCAUGGAGACGUUACUGUCUCUGACUUCAAAGCGAGCGGGAGACUGGUUCAAAGAGGAGCUGCGGCUACUGGGAGGACUGGAUCACAUAGUAGAUAAAGUGAAGGAGUGUGUUGAUAACCUAAACCAGGAGGAUGAGAAGGAGAAGAUGAUGUCGUCUCUGUGGGGAGCUGAGAGGUGUUUACGGGUGCUGGAGAGUGUGACGGUCCACAACCCCGAGAACCAGAGCUACCUGAUCGCCUACAAAGACUCAUCACUCAUCGUUUCUUCUGCAAAGGCGUUGAGGAGGUGUGAGGAGAUGAUCCAGCGUUACAGCAGGGAGCUGAACUCAGACGCAGCUGUAGGGAAAGCAGUGGAGGACUGUAUGAGGGCCAUUAUAGGCGUCCUGCUCAACCUGACGCACGACAACGAGUGGGGCAGUACGAAGACCGGAGAGCAGGAGGAUUUAAUAAUGACAGCUCUGAACUGUGUUCUCAAAGUACCUCAGUAUCUUCCACAAGAGCAGCGGUUCGACAUCCGGGUACUGGGUCUGGGCCUGCUGAUCAACCUGGUGGAGUACAGUGCCAGGAACAAGUACUGUCUGAUGGAGAUGGAGAUGGAGGGAGGUCAGGGUCCCUGCGACUCCACCGUCCUGCUGAACCCUCAGCACCAGGACAUCACCAGCAGCGGCCCGCUGAGCGCUAUCGCUGCUCUUGUACAGCUGUUUCUCCAGCGGGAACGGGCCGCCAUCCUGGCUGAGGCGCAGACAGAUGACCUCAUCAAGGAGGCGCCGAAGCCUGCACUGGACCAGAGCGGGGAGUGGCAGGAGACGGGCGGGGAGAUCCAGUGGGUCGCCAACGACAACAACACCGACAAACAGGAGGAUGAAAAGAAGGAGAAGGACGAGGAGGACGAGGAGCUGGACCUCAACAAAGCUCUGCAGCACGCAGGGAAGCACAUGGAGGACAGCAUCGUGGCCUCCUACACAGCACUGCUGCUGGGCUGCCUGUGUCAGGGGAGCCCGUUGAAUGUGACUACUGUGAGAGAUAACCUGCCCAAAGGAGAUUUCUCCAUCAUGACAGAAAUGCUGAAAAAGUUCCUCAACUUCAUGAACCUCACUUGUGACGUCGGCACCACAGGACAGAAGUCCAUCUCCCGGAUCAUUGACUAUCUGGAGCACUGCUAGAGAGAAGCCUGUCUCACUCUCACACACACACACACACACACACACACACACACACACCACAACCAUCUCCUUCAUUUUCAUCAACGCCAUCAUCAUCACCGUCACUUUGUUAUUUUCUUCUAACAUACACACGUCUUCAUCAUCAUCAUCUUCCUCUCUGUGUUGUGACCAGACGUCGCCCUCAUCCUCCAGUUAAAGAAGUGCUCUCCUUGUUUUCAUCAUGAUGACUGAUGAGUCUUUUUCCCUGAAAUCGACCUGAGAUGAACUUAAAUUGAUUCUGACUUAAUGAGGGAUGCCCCCCUGCCACACACACACACACACACACACACACACACACACACACACACACACAGUCACACACAGUCACACACACACUUAUUUUAUUUUGCUUUUAUUAAAGGUCCAAUCCAAGGCAGUAUUUUAUUUUUUUCCACACGUCCUUUAUUUAUAAAAGCUGCACCAAAUGAUGUUUUUUCGGGCAUUUUUAAAUCUGGUUUUUAGUCUUUUCUCACCUGCCCCCCCCACCCCUCUUCAUCCUGUGAAAACUGCCCACCUUCCUAUCGAUUGGUGACAGACUGGAGUGGAGCAGCCAUUUUCUGCAGCCUGUCAUCAAAGCCUGGCGGCCCUGCGCUCUGCCUCUGGAGCUCAUAAUUGCCAAAACAACUCAAGUGGUUAAAAAAACAACUACUGACCGAAAUAAUGGCUUCACACGCUGUGUUCUUCUUCUCCUCUUUUUGCUGCGCUGACCUCUUGACUCUGUCGGAAGGAGGCGGUUUGAGGCAGAGAAAUCAAAAGUAUCGAUCUUUUCUGGCCAAAGAGGACAGAAAUAGCGAGUUCAGACCCUGAAUUGCAGCUUUUGUGAAGUUAAGGUGGCAUUUUAAGGCGGGAUGGCCUGUAAAUGUUUGCAUCAGGUCUGUUUUUAGGUGUUUUCCGUCAGUCUAAAACCAGAAAAGUUCUCUUUUCUUCAACCUCUGCAGCAGACGAGCUGAUUUUAAAUCGCUUGUUGUUCUUGUUGCCGUUGUCGUAACAGGUGCUCUUCCCAGCAUGCCGAGCGCGCACAACAGCACACCUGAGACAAACAGAACGAUCCUCGAGGUUGUUAAAACUCUCUGGAAACUUUGGACGACUCCCCACCCCCCUCUAAAAGCAGAAACUUUCUCCUUUCAUAGAAUCGAUCGCCCUCUCGCUCGACAUCAAAGCUUUGUGUCUCGGCGGGACCCGAGCCCUCCGGACCAGAACCUGUCCUCCUUCAGCUCCUUUCAAUUACCGCCCGCGUGCGUGCUUGCCGCUCACAGAAGAGACUUCAAUUAAAGCACAAAGGCAGCGGCGAUGCCCCGGUCUGAGAGGUGAAGACGAGCUGCUUGCUGUGGUUUGAAGUGAGCCACCAGCGGAGAGGCUUUCAGAGAUCAAGCUGAUGCUUUCCUGUUCGGGUUGUUUGUAGCCGCAGAGACUUCAGCUGCAGCCGUUAAAUCUUGAGGAUUUGUCGUCUUUAUGGAAAAAUCCUCCUCUGAUCCUUUUGUCAGAUCCAAUCAACUCAUUUACAGGAAGCAGUUUUCUGCACUGUGCUGUUUUACAUUUCCCUGAGCCUGUGUUCUUGUUCCCAGGAUGCAUUUCAGCAGAGUGCAGCUGCUGGGAGGGUGAAAACUGUAGAAGUUAGUUUCCUUUCUGUUGGAUUUCUGCACGCUGAUCAGUCCAACAUGGCGACUAACAGAGGAAUUCAAAACCUUUCCAAAACCUCCCUUUCCUGUGUUUUUUAGUGUUUUUAGAUCGCUUUAUUAAAGAUAUCAGACUGAGACUGAGAUGCAAAAUGCAGCAGCUGUUUGUCAAAAGAUUUGAGGCGAUUUUUUCCUUUUUUGCUCUUUUUUUUAUAUUUAUGAACCAUCGUUUGACGGCACAGCAUUUAUUAGGGGUUUGUAAAUUGUAACAAAUUCUUAAUAAUGCGUAAAAAGUUGUUUAUUUAUAUAGAAAAAUAAAAUCUUAGUCUUUGAUCAGACUUGCAGACGACAUCAGGAGCCUCUGGACCUCAUUGUUUUCACUAUUUGUGGACGUUUUCGGCUGCUGUUCUUCUUCGAGUUACCUGCUAACUGCUACUUUUUAAAUCUCCCGCUGUGGGUCACACACAUUACACGGCUUCAAAACGUCAUACCUGACCUGCCCAUCUUGACAGCUGUCUGGUUUGCACAGACAUUAUUUUGGUGCUGUCACCACCUCCAUUCCGGCUCAGAAGUGAGACAACUCUGUCCCUCCGUUCCACAGUCGUACCUUAAACACAGAGACGGAAUAACAGCGUGACACUCCCGCCUUGAACAGGAAAUGUCAAAGGAGCUUUUGUGUCAUCUUAUGUUGUUUACAGAUUUUCCUCACCUGUAGCUGUUUAACAUGACACGUAAACUGUAAAAUUGAUGGAUGGCUAAUAACUCAAUCUCAAGACAUCAACAGGUGAUUAAUUAACCUUUAAUAAAGUCACUCGUUACAACUUCUAAACACUUUUUAAAGGCUGCAGUGUGAGGAAGUGACACCAGCUUGCUUUUUCUCCAUCUCGUUUGUCGUGAUGAAGACGAGCUGGGAGAGUGAGACGCAGAGGAAGGACGUUAAAGAGAUGUUGAAUAUCAAAAAUGGGACUUUAUUUAAAUAAGAAAAACUUUAAAAAUAAUCCCUGACACAUAAGUUUAUCAUUUAAAAAAAAACAAAGAUGACCGCGUCUGACAAAAUCAAAAGGGACGAUCUGCUUUUGAUGCUUUUGCGAAAAAACAAUGUUACAUUUUUUUUUUUUUUUUUUAAAGUUGUCUCCCGAGAACGAAGUGUUCAGGUCAAAGUGAUAAUUUGUUCCGUUAACUUUUCUCAAGUGUUUGUCCAUCAGGGCAGAAAAAAAAGUGUUCCCCCGGAGAGUCUCAGACGGCCUGUCACCAUUCAGUUUGUUUCUGUCUAAGAUAAUCCAGGUGGGCAGGAUUCAGAUUCUUUGAUUUGGAAAAUUCACGUAUGAUUGUGUUCUCGUUUAAAUACAGAUGAGUUUCUUGUAUAUUUCAUCAGCUGUAAAAGUUUGUGUCAUCGUGCAUGUUCAUCCCGUUCACUUGCAUCUGUCUGUUUCUCUGUGGUCAUCACACACACACACACACACACACACACACAGUUUAACCCUCACACUCCUUUUCUUUAAGUUUACAAGAGCUUUAUUCACAGACGUCUGGAAGAAUGAAUGGAAGAGCUUUUUGUACAUAGUUGUUGUACAUAGAUUGAUUUCCUCGUGUAGGAGGAGAGGUUGAUGGGUAAUUGGGGGGGUGGGGUCGUGGGUGGGGGUGGGUGGGUUAAAUUUAAAUUUAGACUGGUAGACUCUACUUUUCUGAAUCUGACUCUAUUUUUCAUUUUCUAAAGCCUUUUCUCCCGUCAGUCAGUCGUGUUGUUGUUUUGGACAGACAGACAGACAGAGAGCUUCUUAACAAGCCAACUGCAGGAAAACUUGAUCUUUGUACCAAUUUGCAGACUGAUGUCUUUGGUUACCUGUACAUAAUUUUAAAAUAAUAAAAAUUGCUACUUUCAGUA